CAGGCCCGCAGAGUCCGCCUGAGAGUGUGGACCAAAUCGGGCCUCUCCGAAGCCCAGAUUUAAGGAAGACCGGUUGGUGUGGGAGGCAGGUAUGGGGGCGUUAGGGGGGCCUCCGAGACACUUCCCCUGAGCGCGGAGGCAGAAUUUCUCCUGCCCAUUUUGGAUCCUUACCGAAAGCCCCACAUGAGACUAGUAGUGAAUCAGCCUACACCGAGUUUCUCAGAGCAUCCCCACAUGGCAGGCAUUAUCGGCUUACGCUAUAGGCGACCCCUGUGAAAGGGUCGUUCGACCCCCAAAGGGGUCGAGACCCACAGGUUGAGAACCGCUGCCAUAGGGUCUUAAAGCAGAAAAGUGAAAGGAUCUGGAAUUAUCCAGCCGAAGAGGAUGGCACAGAAAGCAAACCGACAUUUGAUGGUGCAGGACUCAGAAGGUGACCAGCAGUGUUCUGUUCUAAGGGGACGUCUCCUGCCUGAUGAGAGGCGGACUCCACGUCACUCCAUGAGACGAGUCCCUGAUUAACUGCUCUGCUGUGCGAGCCUGAACCAACUGCGGCCGCCUGUCUGUCUCCGUCUUCGUCGUCCGUCUUUCGGUGUGCAUCGCCGGGUGGCCUUUGCCGGAGCCUAGGACCCACUAGGAAUAGUCCCAGCAGGACCCAAACGUACCAGCCAGCAGCAUGGGUAAGGAGUAGGCCUCGGCACCACAACCCGGACCACCUGCAGGAAGUGGCAGAAACCUGGGUUGGGGGCAGCUGGUUACGGAACAGAGGGCUGGAUCCGGACCCUCCGUCCCCUCCUCCUCCCCACACCUGCAUGUACCAGCUGAGCCAACCCACCAAGUGCGGGAGCUGUGGACCCGGGUACCCUACUCCUCUGGAGGCCAUGAAAGGGCCCAGGGAGGAGAUUGUCUACCUGCCCUGUAUUUACCGAAACACAGGCAUUGAGGCCCCGGAUUAUCUAGCCACAGUGGACGUUGACCCCAAGUCUCCCCAGUAUUGCCAGGUCAUCCACCGGCUGCCCAUGCCCAACCUGAAGGACGAGCUGCACCACUCGGGAUGGAACACGUGCAGCAGCUGCUACGGGGACAGCAGCAAGGCCCGCAGCAAGCUGGUGCUGCCCUGCAUCAUCUCCUCCCGCGUCUACGUGGUGGAUGUGGGCGCCGAGCCCCGCGCCCCGAAGCUGCACAAGGUCAUUGAGCCCGAGGACAUCCAUGCCAAGUGUGGCCUGGGCUACGUUCACACCAGCCACUGCCUGGCCAGUGGGGAGGUGAUGAUCAGCACGCUGGGAGACCCCAAGGGCAAUGGCAAAGGGGGUUUCGUGCUGCUGGAUGGAGAGACCUUUGAGGUGAAGGGGACGUGGGAGAAGCCUGGGGGUGCUGCGCCUUUGGGUUAUGACUUCUGGUACCAGCCUCGACACAAUGUCAUGAUCAGCACCGAAUGGGCAGCUCCCAACGUUUUUAGAGAAGGCUUCAACCCCGCCGAUGUGGAGGCUGGACUGUAUGGAAGCCACUUGUACGUGUGGGACUGGCAGCGCCAUGAGAUCGUGCAGACCCUGCCUUUACAGGACGGGCUCAUCCCCCUGGAGGUCCGCUUCCUGCACAACCCAGCUGCUGCCCAGGGCUUCGUGGGCUGUGCCCUCAGCUCCAACAUCCAGCGCUUCUUCAAGAACGAGGGAGGCACUUGGUCGGCAGAGAAGGUUAUCCAGGUGCCCCCCAAGAAAGUGAAGGGGUGGAUCCUGCCUGAAAUGCCAGGCCUGAUCACCGACAUCCUGCUGUCCCUGGAUGACCGCUUCCUCUACUUCAGCAACUGGCUGCAUGGGGACCUGCGUCAGUAUGACAUCUCUGACCCACAGAAGCCCCGACUCACGGGACAGCUCUUCCUGGGGGGCAGCAUUGUGAAGGGAGGCCCUGUGCAAGUGCUGGAGGACCAGGAGCUCAAAUCCCAGCCAGAGCCCCUGGUGGUCAAGGGGAAACGGGUGGCUGGAGGCCCUCAGAUGAUCCAGCUUAGCCUGGAUGGGAAGCGUCUGUAUGUCACCACGUCGCUGUACAGUGCCUGGGACAAGCAGUUUUACCCUGAUCUCAUCAGGGAAGGCUCCGUGAUGCUGCAGGUUGAUGUAGACACAGUAAAGGGGGGGCUGAAGUUGAACCCCAACUUCCUGGUGGACUUCGGGAAGGAGCCCCUCGGCCCAGCGCUGGCCCAUGAGCUCCGCUACCCUGGGGGUGACUGCAGCUCUGACAUCUGGCUCUGAAGCUCACCCCUCAGAGCCCCACUGCCGCGUUCUGAGCCCUCUCUUCCCCAGGGACCUGGCUUCCCUCUGCUCUCUGGGCCACCACCCUUGGCAGCUUGCCCCACCAAAGCCAAACUGAGGCUGAUGAAAUGUAUUGAGCGGUGUCUCCACGUACCAACCACUGUUCUGUGCUGCUCCCCGUGCUGUCUUUACAUGAGCUCUUGAAAUUAUUUCACCACAAAAUAAACUGGUGAAAAAAUAAACCUAUUCCUUAGGUCA